AGUGACUCACUCCACCAUCUUCCUCCUUCUACUUCAGGGAUUAAUUUUCAUGCAUUACACACUGUUAGGUUGCCGCCAAAUCCGAGUCCCUUCUAUGUACUCAGUCUCUCAUCUGUUCAAAAUCUCAAUUUCUUUCACCUCCGUCAAUGACAGAGGCAAAUCUUUCUCUAACUCUUCUCUUACUUUCGAUAAAACCCACCUUCGUAUUCGAAAUCACUCUCUCACCGUAAUUCCUGAUGAACCCGUUCGGAGGAACGGUGUGAGGCGUAAGGUAAAGGAGUCUGAUGCGGAGCUUAAGAAGAACUGGUUGGCUUCACUAUCUUGCCCUUUGCACGAAAAGACUAGCCUGAUGGAUGGAGGAACGGACCUGAACCACGGCAAUGAGGGUUCGGAGUGGGUCAUUGGAGUUGACCCAGAUGUCUCUGGUGCGGUGGCGCUCCUGAAAUACGAAGAAUCCGGUUGUUCUGCUCAGGUAUUUGACUCUCCACAUGUACAAAUGCUUGUUGGCAAAAGAACUCGAAAGCGCUUAGAUGCCAAAUCUAUUGUUCAGUUGGUUCGUAGUUUUGAUGCGCCUAUUGGUACCACCGCUUAUAUAGAACAAUCAAUUCCAUUUCCAAAUGAUGGGAAGCAGGGUUGGUGGAGCGGAGGAUUUGGGUAUGGGCUAUGGAUUGGGAUCUUAGUCUCCUCUGGAUUUUCUGUUGUUCCAGUGCCAUCUAAUACUUGGAAAGCCAAAUUUGAACUCAAUGGAAGUAGGGCUGCAAAGGAUGAUAGUAGGAGAGUGGCAUCUACCUUUUUUCCAUCACUGAGUUCGCUAUUGGGAAGGAAAAAGGAUCAUGGAAGGGCUGAGGCUCUACUAAUUGCUGCAUAUGGCAUGGGCCAGAUGCGUGAGUUGGAUUUAUCAUGCCAUUCCAUUUUGGAGAAAACGGAAACCUGACAAUGACAGUAAAGUGUUUUGCUGGACUUGUUUCUUGUUGCACGGCAAUUACCUGAAAGGGCACGACGAAUGAAUUUAUAUGUGACUGACGCUGUCUAUUUUUUCGAAGUUGGAGCUUCGGCAUCUGUUGAAUAUUUAUAAAGACGUGUAAAUGGCAGGUAUUCAGUAUAUACUCUUCUGAAAUUUGUAUCUCUCUCAAGCAUAUUAACAUGAUAUAAUGAUGUUGAAGGACAUCUGACCAUUGGCGGAAUUCUGAUACAUUUGGAAGGACCAAGUCUCUCUGGUCCUUAAUCUCUCCUCAUUCAUUCCGCUACAUUCCAGUUGGAUAGAGAUUUCAUUGAAAUGUCGAGGAUUAGCCAACUUGGACGAGAUUAGAAUUUUGUUCUUUCCUUUGCAAUUGCCAAUAUACUCUUCAUUCUCUGAAACGUUGGUCAAUGAACCCAAGAUUCUUAGAAUGUACAUGUAAUUUUUUCUUUGUAAGGAUCAAAAUGAACAUCAAUUUGUCUUCCUUAAGGGUUCCUUUACCCCU